AUGGCAUCUGAUCCGAAUUUUAUGCCUAUGAAUAUUUAUGCAACUACUGGGCGAAACCGAAGGGAAGAGCGCUGGCGCCAGAAACAGCUUGAGGAAGGAAAAAAGUUGGGGGCAACUGAGCCUGAAUUAGAUGCGGAUGGGAAACAGGUGAAUCCUCAUAUUCCUCAAUUCAUUUCCAAAGCACCAUGGUACAUUGAUGAAGCAGAAGGAAAAGCUUCUUUGCGGCAUCAGCGAUUAAGACAAGAUGAAAGUACAGAGACUGAUUAUAAUACUACGUAUAUUCGUGGUCAACGUGCUGGACCCGCAGCAACAAAAUUCCGCAAGGGAGCCUGUGACAAUUGCGGUGCAAUGUCUCAUAAAACUAAAGAUUGUAUGGAAAGGCCCCGGAAAUUAGGUGCUCGAUGGACAGGCAAAGAUAUACAGGCCGAUGAAGUUAUUUGCGAAGUAAGCAUGACAUGGGACUCAAAGAGAGACCGAUGGAAUGGUUAUGAUCCCCGUGAACACCAGAAAAUAGUCGAGGAAUACGAAAAAGUUGAAAAAGCACAGCAAGAAGCCAGAAGCAGGAACUUGGAAAACUUUUCAGAAGAUGGAUAUAUAGCAAAAGACGACGACAAAUAUGCAGAUGAAGCAGACAUGCCCGGCCAGAAAUUCGAUGCACACAAUCGUAUGAGUACGCGGAAUUUGAGAAUACGAGAAGACACAGCCAAGUAUCUACUGAACCUAAGUGAAACGUCUACUCAUUAUGAUCCAAAAACGAGGUCAAUGAGAGAUGAUCCGAACAAAAUUUCCCGAGAUAACAGGCUAAUGGCCAACAACGAGUUUGAGCGCUCAUCAGGCGAAGCAGCAGAAUUCGAAAAACUGCAGAUUUUUGCAUGGCAGGCGGAGGAAAGAGGCAAAAACAUUCAUCUUCAAGCAAACCCGACUCAGGGCGCACUGUAUCACAAACAGUUCAAAGAAGAAACCCAUGAGGCCAGGAUUAAUGCCAGGAAAAAAAUCCUGGACAAGUAUGGAGGCGAAAAACACUUUAUCGUCCCUCCCAAAGAGCUUCUUUAUGCACAGACCGAGCACUAUGUCGAGUAUUCAAGGGACGGAAAACUCAUCAAGGGCAAGGAAAAACCUGUUUCCCUCUCCCGGUACCCCGAAAACCAGCUUGUCAACAACCACACUCAGAUCUUCGGGUCCUGGUGGCACGACGGCCACUGGGGCUAUGCCUGCUGCCACCAGUAA